AUGGAACACCGAAACCUGGGCUUUGACGUCAACCCGGACGGAACGCGCCUUUUCAUCGUCCAGGCAGUUUUCUUGGUGCUCGUAUGGAUCGUCAGUCUCCUUCGGGCUCAAGUCAAGGUCUUCAUAAUCAAGAAGGUCAUGGUGGAUGACUGGAUAAUGCUAGUAGCAGUGCUAAUUUAUACGGCAUACGGCAUCAUCGCCAUCUAUGGCGUAAUCGCCGGCGGCACAGGAAAACACCCGAGUGAACUCACCCCCGACGGCAUCGCCGCAGCCCUGAAAUCCUGGUACCUCUGCGAGGUACUAUACGCGCCCCUUUCGGCCUUCAUAAGAACAUCCAUCGCCGCAUUUCUCCUCCGGCUCGCGGCCGCAUCGUGGCAGAUCUGGGUUAUCCGAGUCAAUAUCGGGGUCAUCUGGGUGGUUUCCAUUGUUUUCUGCUUUCUGAUGAUGUUCCAAUGCUCGCCUGCCUCCUAUUUUUGGGAACAUCCAUCUAAGCCCAACAGUACGGGGGGCUCUUGCAUCAUGCCAGAGGUUGUGCCGAUAGCCACUGUUGUCCACGGAGUCGCCAGUUGUAUGGCGGAUUGGGUAUUAGGGCUUUUACCUGUGGUUAUACUUUGGAGGGUGCAGCUGAACCGGCGAACGAAGAUCAGUAUUGGAUUUCUUUUGAGCUUGGGAGUUAUCGCUGGGGUUGCAAUGGUCGUCCGUAUCCCUCUGAUCAAGAAUAUCGCCAUCACGGCCGAUUUCUUGUUUGAGACGGUGAACCUAGCUAUUUGGUCCAUCCUAGAACCUUCCCUGAGCAUCCUCGCAAGUUGUAUCGCGACCCUCCGACCGCUUCUAAGAAGUUGGGAUAUCUCCCUGAACUGGACCAAGUGGCAUACCUCUCGGUACCCUCAAAGUGCUGGAAGUAUGGGCCGACGGGUGAAAAUGCACAACACUCAAAAACUCCCGGAAGCCUUCACGGACUCGUCUAAGGGAAAUACGCAUGGCGUCAAGCUGGACGAUAGCGGCUGUGGUAUCGAAUCAAGAAAAGACGUUUCCGAUCUGCAUAAAUCGAAGCCUUCGCAGGACUCGGAAUGGGACAUCGAAAGGGGCUACUGCGAUGGCUGCGAUUGCCCUGAUGGGACAACAGUUCAGACAUCAGUUCACAUCACAGCUCAUCGCGUCUCGAGCGUUGAAGAGCCGGUCAACCAUGCCACGUGGUGGGACAGUAAGGAUUCACUGUGAAGAGAUCCAAUCACCUUCUCUCAACAUUAUUCUCCGAUACGUAAAUGAGCAAGAGAAAAAGAGGUGGAUAGUAAGUUAGCUGUGGCUUCACCAGUGAUUUGUUAGUGUGUACCAAGACCAUCUGGUACUCAGAAAAAGGGUGCAGGUGAUAUUUGGCCGGUUCGUUGACGUAUUUUAUUAAAAUUGGAC